AUGGCUAAAUUCGAACUACCAAAGUCAGCAAGCGGUCUCCGCGUAGUAUCUAACACUCAACUCGACCUACGGCCCGAAUCCGAAAUUAUAAACGAACUCCGUUAUUUUCGACCCAUUACUUCAGAGAAGAAUGUAUGGGCUUUCUGGGAUAAGGGUAUCGAUUAUAUGUAUCCAAGCUAUAGAUGUACGGUGGUGAACUGGGUAAAAAAGCUCGGCAAGUCCUGGACAGUUCGCCUCGUAGAUCUUGUCGAGGACUCACCUAAUAACAUCUACAAAUAUGUCUCCCAAGACUGGUUUCCCGACUGUUUCGUAAACGGGACAAUGGACGGCAGGCAUGCGGCACAACAUUCCGCUGAUCUUGUGAGGCUGCCGCUUCUAUUCGAGUAUGGAGGUGUCUGGAUGGAUGUCGGAAGUAUGUUACACACUCAUCUCGACGCCCUAUUUUGGGAUCACCUCACGGCUCCGGAUACCCCUUACGAGAUGGGCGUCUGGAGUAUUACCGGGCAGAUCAGAAAGGAAUGGGGCUGCUUCGCAAACUACGUGAUAGCUGCACGAAAAGGUUCCAUUUUUAUCAAAAAUUGGCACAACGGUUAUAAACAGCUGUGGAAGGGACGCACUAAUGCAAAGGGCUUCCAUAAAAGGCCCCUAAUACGGGACAUCGGGCUUGCUGAGGGAAUGGCCGACUGGGGUUUCGAGGGUAAGAUCAAAGAGAUGAGCGAUUACGUGGCGCAGAUGCUCAUUGGCGACCGUACGAGAAACCUGCUCGAUCUAAACACCGGCUGGAACGGACGCGAGUAUUACAACAACCAGGUAUUUAUGGUGGAAGGGAUUCUGAACGGUGUGCUAGGCGCGAUCAAGACAGACGCCGACGGAGCUAAGCAAGUAGAGCUCUUCACUACUAGGCUCGACGAACCAGAUGAAGCAAAAAGGCAGGCGGCCGAAUCCUUCGUAAUAGAGAUGUUGGAGAAAAGCCACAUGUAUAAGGUAUACCAUAACUCGGGAGGUGGUCUGCCCGCGCUGGGAGACCUUGUGAAGAAGAAGGAAUUCUGGGAUGCAGACCAUAGGCCUGGCACCUUCGGCGAGAUGUAUAGGUAUGGCACAGUUCACUGGGAGUCAACUCGUGCGGUGGAACGGUUGGUACCGCAAAUCGACGAGAAGGAUCAACUAAUUCGGGCUACACCUACAACCCCGGCAUUACGCAAAUGGAAAAAAUGGUUGGGACUACUGGUUAAUAUAAAGCAGGCCUUAAUGUAG